AUGGCGGCAGCGGCGUUGGAGCCCUGGCAGGCUGCGGCCCCGCGCAGGAAAAGGCGCUCGGCGGCGCGGCGUCCGCGAGGGAGGGAGGCGGCGGCGGGGGGUCUGGAGGCCGAACCAGAGACGGACGGCCGAGUCGUGCUUCGUCGCAUCCGGGAGGCCCGGGAGGACCUGCUUCUCUCUGAUUUCUGGACUCUGGCCCUAGAAACCAUCAACGGCUGUCUGACGAAACAUCUGGAACAACUGAAGGCCCCAGUGGGGACUCUCUCAGAAGUCUUUGGAAACCUGCAUCUCGACUCCUCGCCAGAUGAGUCGGAUGCGGCCCCCGGCUGCCUCCCAGGAGAGACCCUGGUGCCGGGAACCUGCCGUCUGAAGUGUGUAUGCUAUGGCCUUGGGAACUUUGCCACCUGCGUCAUUGCUAGAAACCAGCUAACGUUUUUGCUUCUCUUCCUGGAAAAGUGCCAGAUUCCCAGAAGGCACUGCUGGGUAUAUGACCCUGUGUUUAGCCAACUAGAAAUUGCAGUUCUGAAUAGCCUCGGUGUGAUUGUCCUCAGUGAGAACGAGGAGGGAAGACGCAGCGUGUGGGGCGAGCCCACCGUCUUUUACAUGCCCCACUGCGGGACGGCCCUGUACAACAACCUCCUGUGGAGCAACUGGUCGGUAGACGCCCUUUCCAAGAUGGUCGUCAUCGGGAACAGCUUCAGGGGCCUUGAGGAAAGGUUGCUGGCAAGGAUUCUGCAGAAAAAUUAUCCCUAUGUCGCAAAGGUUUUGCAGGGACUGGAGGAGCUUGGGCUGCCGGAGACGCCACAGUAUGCGGACGUAUUCAACGACACCUCCGUCCACUGGUUCCCUGUACAGAAGCUGGAACAACUCCCCACGGACACAUGGGCAUUUCGGGAAGAACCAGACUAUGGGGACUGUGAGGACCUUGAAAUCAUCAGGAACAAGACAAGAGGUCCUUCGGCUGCUGACCUGAAGUCGCCAUGACACGGUGCCAGCCGAGGCAGAAGCAGCUGCCCCCGGAGAGGACGGGGGAGGCUCCGUGGAGGGAGUGCCGACAGCCCCCUUCUUUGCAGCAGGCCAGAUUGCAGAGCACCGGGAAUAUUCCAUUCGGUUCUCCCCCUUAGACGAGGACGUGCUGUGGAAGGACUCGGCAUAAAGAUGCACCUCCUGAGCCUUGUGUCUUAUGUCCUUUGCUGGCAACCUGACCCAAUAGGGAAUACUCCCAGAUGGAGAGUAAGUACUCUUUCAAGGCCGGUUUCAAACACUGUUUAUUCAUAACCACGUCCGUCUCCAGUGCACGUGUCCAGCCUGCUGCCCUCUACUUGGCCAUGUCAAUCAGGCUCUGCAGGGAGGUGGGCACCCAGGUCUUCUCACCCUGGACGAACACCACCCCCCGGUCGAUGUAGAUGACGAUGCGGCCAAACGUGUAGAGCUGCUUCCCUUCAUGUCGCUUCCCGAUGACCGGCAUGAAGACGAUGUUGUGCUCCUCGGCCUUGGUCUCAAUGAGGUCCUUGAAGUUCAUGGGCACAGAGCUGGCGGCCACGCCGAUGCCCCUCUGGGCCAUGUUCUCAGCCUCCCGUCGCUCCUGCAUGGCCUCGUACUGGAAGUCCUUCCUCCGCUCCGUGUGGGUGAGGUAGGCGAUGUUCUCCCGUGCCCCGGGCUGCAUGUAGGCACCUGGGAGACAGGGGAGGGGAGGGAAGGGGGGGAGUGAGGACAGGUGUUGUGGCCCAAGGGAAACAGAGACUGCUUUGGCAAAACCUGCCUGUGACUCCGUGAAGGGCGGCGGGGCCUUGGGGGCACAGAGAACGGAGAUGGACACUAAGCACCUUCCGGGAAGCUCGGGCAGCUGUCCGCCGCCACAAAAAAACUGGAAUGAUGUGUAAUAACCAGAGAGAUGCUGAACAUAAAAUACCACAAGAGAGUCAUCCUCCCAGGGCCGGAAACCUUGACAGCACACGGCCUAGCCUAGUUCUAUUUUUAACGUCUCCAUACAGGCCCGGCCCCGGAAGGAUUCAGAAUGCAACUGGGGAGCCGAAACAGCUGUUGAAGGACAGCAUGGGGCCACAAAUGCCCAGUGCCAAGGGGUGUGGACGGGAACAGCUCUGGGAGGUGGCCUGGGCCCGGGGUGGCUGAGGAAGAGUUUCUAGAGAGCAUGGAAAAGGGAACAGCCCCCUGAAGGACCUGGGUAAGUAGAGAGCACAGAAGUACACCCACCUCAUUAAACAGAACAUAUAACCUACGAACUCGAUUUUCAUGGAGCAGACUCAAAGGAUUAAAGGCUCAGGAAAUAGAAACUACAACCCUAGCUGUCACUCUGGCUGGGUAACCUUGAACAAGCUCUCGGCCCUGAGGAGCUUAUCUGGGAGGCAGCGCUGGCCUGGGUACUCCGGUGGCCUUCACGUGGAGACUCGAGCACACUGACACAGGACUGACACACCUGGUUGGGAGCUGGGGACGGAUAUUAAGUGGACAGGCACCUGCCUGCUGCGGAGACAGCAGAGACCCUGCCCGCAAAGUGCGACACGCACACUGUAGCUCACUCGAUCCCUGGAAGUGCGCAUUAGGACUGUUUCACAAGGAAAGAAAAUGGGCCAGGCGGGCUUAGCAACUGCUAUGUGUCAGGCUGUGCUCCGGCUCCUGGUCAGGGGGCCAUCACAUCUGAACAGCACACACAGCUGUUCAUGGAGGCAUGCCGGCGAACGUGAAAAGCCACACGGCAGUGAUCGCGAAGGGGGCCCCAGAGGUAGGCCCCCUACAGUGAAUCCAGCCACAGUCAGACUCGGGUCAGGGGCAGAUGCCCCUCCCAGUGCCGGGAGAGCUGGGCAGCGUGUGCUGGCUAACCGUGUAACCGGGUCUGCUGGGCAAGUGUCCGCGUUGGAGCGGGCCGCCCACAGGGACUGGAUUCCGUGUCAUUUACGUGAUCAGAAGCACGGCGCUCAGGGCCAGGAUGUCCAAAGCGGACUCUCCACUCACCGACGUUGGAGGACACUGCCCUGUUCAUGAUAUCGAGCGCUUCAUUGAAUUUGUCCUUGACGGAUGGGUGUGCCAGCACUUGAUCUGAGAACAUGGACUUCCAGCCCAGGUACCACUUGGUGAUCUCCUCAUAAUUUGGGCUGUUACUAAGCCAAGAGCACAGCACCUGCCAAAAAGACAACAGGAACCAGGCAUCCAUUAGGCAGAACUUCAAAGGGACCUUUUACUUUUGUUCUGAUUGUGGUCCUGCAAGCCAGUGACACUUGUAGGGGUUUCUAGGGGCUGAACAGUCUGGCAUUUAGAGCAUGGAAUUUGGAGUCAGCUUGGCAGCUAAGUGCUUUGAACGUAAACUCCCUAAACCGCAUCCACCCAUCUAAACAAGACGCCAGUCCCUACCCCCGAGUUUCUGUGUGAGGAGUGGAGGUGACGCACAUCAAGUGCUUUGCACCUGGCACAUGGCAAGCGUCCAGUAAAUGCUGGUUUUACUAUUACUGCUUAUUUCUGUUACAUAUCACAGCUCUGUUAUCCGACAGUUGUCCAAGGAUCAAGCUCCUAGUCAGACCUCGGCAGAAAACUGAGCGAAGCCUCUCUGCCUCCAGCCCAUCCCUCAGAAGACACAGCAAAGCAGGGUGUACCUGAAGCCACUUGGGGAAGAAGUGCUUUUCGAGAAGCCCCACCAGGCUGGAGACGGAGAUCAUCCCUUCCCAGUCGAUGACCCAGUAAAAAGCAUCCAUGUGCUGCUGGUGAGGGUUAAUGACUAAUUCCCCAAGACACAUCCCUGCAAAAGAAGCCCGGUCUUUAAGGCAAAGCCACAGAAGCACAAAGGGCAAACCCUCCAGCGGACAACACUGGUCGUUAAUCCAUUUCUAUACAUCAAUCCCAAGCUCUUGAUAGGGCAACUCUUAAAAAUCACUUUCCUCUAUAACCCAGAAAUACUGUAUAUUUAAAAUCAAACACCACAAAAAAAGGCAGAAUGCCAACGUUUCUCAUGUUACCAGAAGCCCAAACAAGACCAGUUAGGAACCAGGAGGCACGGGGGCUCUGAUGUCCCUGAUGCCAUAAGAACCUUUGGGCACGUUUAUAUCCCAGCUCUGUGCACGAAGCGGCACUCGUGGCGAGCAGCACCAUGUGCCGGGCUUUCUACGGAGCUCCAAGAGCGGGUCUUAUGGGGCACGGGUCACGUCGCCACUGGCCACAGACACGGUGCCACAGCCGCUGGACCUAACACACCUUCCCCGUGUGCUCACCCAGCUUGGGCACUAUGUUCUUGACCAUGAAUGCCUCCCAGGAGCCGGGGGUGAAGACGUCUUUCCAGGGCUGGAGGAUGAGCUUGGCCGAGGAGUCGCUGGGGUGCCACUUCUGCAGGGCGCUGGACAGCUUGCUGCGGAUGGGGGAGUAGAGCGGCUCCAGGCGCGCCUGCAUGAGGGGCAGCCACGGGUGGACCCACGAGUGGAUGGGCACGGUGUCCGUCAGCGGGUUCCAGUUUUCCACCUGCGGGAGCAGUUCACGAUGCACUGUGCGGUCAGUGGCACGGAGGCCGAGUGCUCCCCUGGCCAAGGCCCACGGGCCCCUCUGCACGACCAAACUAACACUCACACAACUGCGGGAGGUCUCACAAAUGGCACAAAUUCUAAUUAGAGAAACCAAAGAGAUGAAUUCCCUGCUAGGGGACUCUGGGGGAGAAGUGCCGACAAAAGGGCCCAAGUUGCCCACAGGACAGCAGCUGUGUCAGCAGAUUCGGUCAAUCCCAGGCCCUCCGACAGCACCGAGGGACUGGAGAGGUGCCCCUGGUUCCUGCCGAUGGCUGCCCCCUGCAGCUCUGGGCCCUACCUCCUUCUGCAGCUUGGGGAAGAUGAGCUGGUCCAGUAUGUUAUCUAAGAUCCACACGGGAAUAAUGUGCACCCAGCUGUCCAAGAAGUCCACCAUCGGGUCACAGUUCCUCGGCUGCCAUUGAGUGAUGAUAUUUCGAACAAAUGGCAUCCAGACUUCCCAUAUCAGCCUGCAGGAGACAGGCGAGGGCAGGAUGGCGGCACCGAUGGGGUUUCAAAGCAGACAAAGUCCACCGCCAGCAGCCCUCCAGAGUAAGAAAGAAAGUGGCACAGACGUCCAGGCACAGCAAACCACCAGGCCAGCCCCCAGACUGCCCGGACCUGUGCCUGCCUCCCCCUUACCCUGCCAGCCGCCUGCUCACCCCCCAGGCCUGUCUCCCCGGCAGAGCUCACCUGCUUGGCAGCGAUACUGCGGGGGCACAAGGGUCCCCUCUCCAGGGACUGCAGGCCUUCCCACCUGGCGCUCUGACACCUCACCUCUUGGGUCACAGCUUCAACGUCCCUCCUCUCAGAGACCUCCGCCUCCAACUACUCCCAGGAGGCAUGUGUCCCGGCUUUAUUUGUCCGCUUCCUUACCCCCACCUACCUCUCCCAUUCCCCGCACAUCGAGGCUGGCCGCCACCUGGCACAGCACGGCCCUGACAGACACGUGACAAGCACGGUGUGAGCGAGUGGACUCCUGGAACGGGGCCGGCACGCGCGGAGGAGGCGGUAGAGGCCAGUGCCCGCCUUCCCCAGUGGGAUCGUCCCCCCGCCCGUGCCCAGUACCUGUGAAAGGCGUCCGCCGAGAGGUCCUGCCCACCGUGAGAUAAGAGCUGGUCGUUCUCAAGGAGGCUCUUCCACCUGGAGAUGACCUCCGUGCCGUACGAGCAGUCCUGGGGAGAGACGCAGCUGUGAGCCGAGCUCCCUGCCCCGUGCAGCCCUUCCAGGCCGGGCCCAUCCUGCCAGCCACUCACCUUGAGCGGGUCCCACUCCUUAAAGUACUCCUUCACAAGCGGGUAGACGAUGGCCACAGCCAGGUCCACGCGGUCGGACAUCCGGUACUCCUCGUAGUACUUGUCCUGCAGGGUCUCGAAGACUCGGGCGCACUCGUCCAGGGUGAGGGGGUCGCCGCAGGCGGGCUGCAUGCGCCGCUCGCACUCCUCCACCAUCUCCAGGACCUUGCUGAGGUUGGCGAUGACCCGCUCCUCGUGCUCCAGGACCUCCGACAUCUUCUCCAGCUCGUGCGACAGGUUGACCACCAUGUCGCGCUCGUACUGCAGCUGCCGGUCACUCUGGAUGAUCUCCUGCUCUGUAAGGUCGAUGAGCAGCUGCAGGUUGUGCUCCAGCUCGGGCAGCGCGAAGCCCGGCGCCUUGGCCUCUUUGCCGGGCAGCGGCGGCAGCUGGGACUGCGGCGGCAGCCCGUCGUCGGGGACGCUGUGCUUGUGGCUGAUCUGGCUGUAGCUGUAGUAGACCUUCUGCUCCCGGCCGGUCAUGUCGAUGACCUGGGGGAAUGCGGCAGGGGGGACCCGGGUCAAGGCUCACCAUCGCUGCCCUGGGACAGUGCGCGCCAGGCCGGGCGAGGGCAGGGCGCCGGGGCAGGUGCUCACGAACCACACAGUACGGCACGGCCGGGAAGGCCGUGUUUCCCACAGCGGAGCCCCUGCCACACAGACAGGAGGGUCAAGGACGGAAGCACCGCGCACAACCAGCAGUUCCAGACUCGGUCCCUCUGGACAAGACGGACAAGGCUUUUCCAUCUAGGAAAAGCCGUGAAACUGGAGUGCAGACGACUCAGCUGAGGUGAAAAUCUAUUGCCACGCAUAGUAGAGGCUGUGCUGAUCAAAGCGGGUAAUAAAACACGUAUGAUCAAAAUAUCACACUUGCUGUAAGAAAAAUGCAUAUUUAGGCAGACAGAUCUAGAAGGACAUGCAUCAAGAUGUUAAAACUAGUCGCCUAUAGGAAGGAAAGAAAAGAAUAGUUUUGCCUCUGUAUUUUCUAAUUGUCUAGAAGGUACCACACACUGCUCCGUAAUAAUACAAAAGUUGUAUUUUGAUUUGAAAACAAAACGUCAAAAAAAGUUACCAGACCAAGGCAACCUAGGUGAGCAUUUUGAGAAAACAGGGGAAACUGGUCUAUACUGGAAUAUAAACCGUACUGAAACACAGUGACCCAUCAGCACUUGAAGUAACAGUACGACCCAAGAACCAUGUGCAUUAGAAUCAGCUGGAGAAAAAUGAACAGAGUUCUCAUGCCCUGCCUCGAUCCACGGACUCCAAAUCUCUGAUGAGAACCCACACAUUGGCAUUUCUUACCAGUCCUCCCCACCCACAGCUGGCGCACGACACCCUGACAUUUGAGAACCCCACGCGGUGACACACACAAUCUGUCCUACGCCAAACUGCACCAGACAACUGUCACCACCCUCGUUCUCUGGCUACUCAGGGGAGUAACAGGAAACCCAGGACUGGAUGCACGGAACAGCGGCUGAAAAUUCCAUCCAUUUUUCACAACUGAAAAUACUCCAGUGCUGGUAUGCCCUGAGGACUCUGUCCUGCACUCCCAGUCAGAGCGGGCUUGUGCACCCUUUCCAGUAGUCGGGGGCCUUAGAAAGCUUCCUAUGUUUAACCUGGUGACCGUACUUCUAAGGAUCUAUCCUUACAAAAUGUCCGAAACAAAGACAAGACUUGACACAAACCGGCCAGCCCGAACCAAGCCAGGAAAAAGCUGAAGAUCUAGGACAGAGCAAAACCAAAGAUCAGGCACUACUGGGCCAGGUCGAUGGCAACAACCGCCCGGACCUGAGUAGAAACUAACUACCUCUUUAGACAGCCAGGCCCUGGCCCGUCCGCCUCACGCCCGGCUCGCCUACUCGCUUCUGCUGCACACCUGCUACCUGCCGUCCCACACUAUCCAACGUCUCCCGCCUCAGCAAAAGGAGAGGGUCGGUGACAAGAGCAGUGACAAUACGAGGCUCUGCAGCAUCCCGCUGUCCCUCAUAAACGCAAAGGGGAAAAACGGUGUUGAGACAGCCGGCCCCUCGGGGGCCAGAGCAGAGCGGCCCCCAGCUCACAGCUGGCUCCCCGCGACACUGGAGACGAAAGCCCGGCACCUACAAGUGGCCUUCGGGGCCAGUGCCGUGACCCGCCUGGUCGAUAUGCCUCGUCCCCUCCUUGCUCCGUGUGCUGCCUUCCCACCACAGCCCCCUCCGCGGCCUCUCCGCCACUAGGCUCGGAGACACGCGCUCGGUGGCCUCUGGCCUCACGACUGGCCCCACACUCACUGCCUUCUCCUGCCGGGAAUCCACUGAAGCCUCUCCUCCCUGACAGGCCUUCCCUGACCGCCCUACCUAAGUAUGUCACCCCUCCACAGCCCCCCACUCCCCACCUCACCUCCUACUCUGACCCUUCUCAGCACCUACCGCUCUCAGCAACCACACCACAGCUGCUUGUUGACUGUGUCUGGGCGCCAGGCUCUAAGCCGUUCCUCGUGGAGGAACCUCCGGCCUCCAGCACAGCGUGACACGUCACGUGUGCAACAGACAUCUGAAGGCCGACAGACUGAAUGAGCGAGCGAGUGAGCGAGCGACGGUGGGAAACAGCACAGACACCCCCCGCCCGUGACCCCUGACUUCUGGUUACCUCUUCCGCUUCUUCUUCUGAGUCAACCACGGGGAAGUCUUGCAGGGACUGAGUGGUACGCUCAGAGCCGUAAGCGCCCACGGCACCUUUGCCCUUUCUCUGUCUGGCUUCGAUUGGGUUAAUGAUACCUGACAGAUUUCAGCAAAAGAUAAAAAGAUUUCAGAUGGUCACAGCGAUUCCUGUAUUCGAACAAGGCACUCAGUGAAACCGCCCUUCCUCAGUCCUGACACAGAAUAACACAGCCCAGGAGGGAGGGCUCUUCUCUGCCCCUGGAACCCUGUCCGAGUCCCCUAUGAUGUGAAAUUUCUAAGCAUUUAUGGUACAAGAGGAUGCAGACAUCAGCGUAUCGAUGUCCUAAAUACAGAUUUUCGUAUCCGCUGUGGAUUUGUCUUUUUGAGAUACUGGGAGAAAAAAGAACUAUUCACAUGUAACUGGGAACUCUGGAGUACUAAAUUCUACACUUUCCUUGGAAGAAGGUUCCGGUAAGAAGAGUGAAUUAUUCGCAGAAUAUACUGACUGAAUGAGGUGAGGUGAAGCAGCAGUUCAGUAGGAGACCCCGUCCGUUUUCCUCGGUAGCUCCUGUCUCCUGGGCUUUGCUUGCUUUAUAGCAUGCGUAAGCCUUGGAAAUAACCAUUUUCCUCUAAGAGUCAACAGACGGGACUACCGCACUUCAGUGAAAACUGCCCAGCCUCCCCUUCAGCUAGUACUGCUGAAAUCUCAAGUCAGACCUUGUUCUCCUUCUGGGUCACCACUGCCAGCUCCGUGAGAUUCACGACUUUUCCUCCAGCUAACGCUGGGUGUAACCUGAACAACUACGCAGGAGGGGAGCCUGGACUCUUACAGACGAUUACUGUUUCCGUCCAGUUGCUGCCUGCUCACAGGAAACAGGACAAGGAGAGAGAAAGCAGGUUCCUGCAGGAAGAACCCAAGUGCUUGGCUUGUGCGGCUUUGAUGUCAAGGAGACAGGGACAUGUGAGGAGCUGUCUGGACGGGGCUGGGGCCUCGGGACAGGAGGCAGGGCUGCUGAGCACAGACAGAGGGCCCCACGUGGGAUUUGCUCAGCCAAGUUUACAGCCACACAAGGGCGCAUAAAAAAGCUACACGAAAGGGCACCUGGGUGGCUCAGCUGGUUAAGUGUCUGACUCUUGAUUUUGGUUCAGGUCAUGAUCUCAUGGUUCAUGAGUUCAAGCCCUGUAUCAGGCUCUGUGCUGAUAGUGCGGUGCCUGCUUGGGAUUCUCUCUCCCUCUCUCUCCGCCCCUCCCUCACUCACGUGCUCUCAAAAUAAAUAAACUUUAAAAUAGCAAAAAAGUUUGGGCCUACAACCCAAUGCUCUAAACUCUUUAUCUUAAAAAAAAAAAAAAAGCUACACACAAUGUUUCAUGGAUAUUCCUGGACUACAAACUCCUAUGCCUCCAGGGCCCAGGAAAGCUGACAUAAAGUAAGGGGUAUCGGGACCAAAGACCACAGGGGGUGGAGACUGCUUCCCCGAGGCCACGAGCACUGUCUGUGGCAGCUAAAACCAAUUCCUGGCAGACAAAGUCAAAAAUGUCAGGUAAAAUUAUCUUAUUUGUAAAUGCUGGCAACAGGCUCAGUCUUAAAGAAGCACCGGUCAGGCCACAAAGAAGCCUCUCGUCUGCAGCCUGACUGAGCCUCUUCCUCCUGCUCAGACAAGCUUCCGUUUGGGUCUGAGAAAGCAGACAGCCGGGGAGCACAGCCGUCAGGUGCCAGCGGGCCAGGCUGCAGACUCCACGGACUCGGAGAGGAGAAAAAGCAAACCUCGCCUCCGUCCCUCAAGACUACAGGGUGCCCACACCCUACCUUGUGCAUUCUUCCCGAGCCCCCUUCCAGGGACGUAGCCCAUCUUCUGCAGCAGCUUCUGUCCAAUUCCCUUGGUGUGUCUUUCCCAGCUGCCAAAAUCCAUGAAAGACUUGGUUCCUCCUGCAAAGCCUUUCUGGCUGGGUUUAAAAUUGCCACCCUGAGGAGGAAAAAAAAACAAAACCAAAGCUUAGUUGAUAGGGAAA